GAGGGCGAGGAGGUCCUGGGCGAUAAAGUUGCACGUAGGCCCUCUCUUAGCUUUACGGCGGAAGCCGAAUCUUGUACAGGACACGUUUAGGGUUCGUGACUUUAACCUGUGAUGGAAGUCCCUCUUUCCCCCCGAGAGUCUGCGGAAUUUGUGGCCAGCAAUAGCCAAGAUGUGUUUAUCGAAGCAGCUGGUGUGGAGCGAGUGGCUGAGAUGCUGCUGGAGAAGAUCCCAAGCCGAGAGUUCAGCGUGGAGAGCUGGAAGACCCUGCACGAGCUGAACCCUCAGGCAAACGAUGAAGAUGCAGUCAACUGGGUGUUUGUCUCCGAUACCCUCAAUUUCUCCUUCUGGUCUGAACAGGAAAAUCACAAGUGUUUGGUGAAGUACAAGGAUAAAAUGUACAGCGGGUACUGGGCUCUUUGCGCUGCAAUCAACCGAACCUUGGAUGAAGGAAUACCCUUCACUAAGGCUUCCUACUAUGCCACAGUUACACUUGGUGAGCUUCAGCAUCAUUUUCGCUCUGACUCAGAUGUACCUAUGCCUUUAAUAGAAGAGAGGCAUAAGAUUCUCAAUGAAACUGGACAAAUUUUACUUGAAAAGUUUGGAGGGUCUUUUCUUAACUGUGUUCGAAAGUGUGACAGAAGUGCACAGAAACUCCUGUCUUUGAUAGUUGAAAAUUUCCCUUCUUAUAGAGAUGUGGCCAAAUAUGAGGGUAAAAAUAUUUCAUUUUACAAACGCGCUCAGAUACUUGUGGCAGAUACGUGGUCUGUACUAGAAGGAAGAGGAGAUGGCUGCUUCAGUGACAUUUCUAGUAUUACUAUGUUUGCUGACUACAGACUACCCCAGGUGCUUGCUCACUUGGGAGCUCUAAGAUACUCCGAUGCACUACUUAAGAAACUUCUUGAAGGAGAAAUGCUCCCAUCUGGAGUUAAAGAAGAGGUGGAAAUCAGAGGCUGUUCUGUUUGGUGUGUUGAGCUAAUUCGAGAUCGAAUUUUAGAACUUAUUAAACAGAAGAGAUUGGAAAUAUCUGUAGAGAUAAAUUCAGUUCUUAUUGAUUAUUACUUAUGGGACUAUGCCCGGGAUCACAGGGAUGAUAUGAAAGGAAUCCCAUUUCAUCAUACACGAUGUAUAUUUUAUUGAUUAUAAGAAGUUCUAAUCAAUAAGACCCCAAAGUUUUAUAACAUAAAAUCAGUUGUGUACCUUGUCUUUUAUUAUGAAUAACCAAGAAAAAGUAUAGCAUGAAGUAUGGGGAAGAAAAAAAGAUUAUUUCAUUCUUUCUUGCCAUAUCUACUACGUGCCUUCAGAAUUUCAUUUUGUUUGA